UGUCAGGUUAGAGUUAAUGUUAAAAGGAAACCCAGAGAGAUAAGCAAGACCAAAGUCUACUUUUUCCUUGGGAAUCCUGGAAAACUUGAACCUCUAUUAAUAAGCAUGGAUCCCUAAGAGCCACACCCUUGGAGUGAGAGUAAACUGGAAAUGGAUGAACGCUUGUGGGGAAUUUCAGCCUCGAACUUGAUUUUUAGCCUUAAACUUGAUUUAAAGUGAUCAUUGACAGUUCUCCCAGGAACUGAUAGAAUCAAAUGCAGAUCUUUUAUGAAAUCUAACUUCUUUUUUUUUUGAGACAGAGUUUUGCUCUUGUUGCCCAGGCUGGAGUACAAUGGCAGGAUCUCUGCCCACUACAACCUCCAUCUCCUGAGUUUAAGCGAUUCUCCUGCCUCAGCCUCCCUAGUAGCUGGGAUUAGAGGCAUGGACCACCACGCCCGCCUAUUUUGUAUUUUUUUUUUUUUUAAGUAGACAUGGGGUUUCUCCAUGUUGGUCAGGCUGGUCUUGAACUCCCUACCUCAGGUGAUCCGCCCGCCUCAGCCUCCCAAAGUGCUGGGAUUACAGGCGUGAGCCACCACACCCAGUCGAAAUCUGACUUCUUAUAGUGAAUGUGAAUGUGACCUUACAGAUUUUUUUUUUUCGAGAGAGUCUCACUCUGUCGCCCAGUUUUUGAAUGUUUGAAUGUUUAUUCACUCUAAGCCUCAAAUGAUUCAUACAACUAAUUUCUUAUGUUCUUAAACAGUCAAAGAUAAGUGCAUACACAAGAGAACAUGACACUAUGAGUGAGAGCCAGCAGAAAAAAGGAACAUAAAAAUAAACUUGCAAGCAUUUCAAAUAUUGUAAUUAUCAGACACAGUCUAUAAUAUGCUAGGCACUUUAAUUGAAAUAAAAGUUAAACUUGAAGGUGUACAGGGAAAAAUGCUAUAAAAUUUGACAGAUUAGAAAACAAAAUAGAACUCCUAGAAAUGAAAAACUAUAAUAAUCAAAAUUUUAAACUGACUAGAAAAUUUAAUAGAAGAUUAGAUACAACUAAACAAAUAAUUACUGAAGAGAAAGAUAGAUGAGGAUACAAUUUAUCCAAUAUGUAGGUCAGAAAGUUGAUAAGAUGGAAAAUACAGAAGAGAAUAUUAGAAACAGAGGACAAAGUAAAAGAGUUUAACAUAUAUUUAACCAGAACCCAAGGAGAUAAGAGAAAAAUUGUAUCAGAAGCAAUAGUUAAAGAAAUAAUAAUUUGAAUUCUUCAGAAUUGAUGAAAACUUCAACAAGCAGAUUUAAGAGACCUAAAUAAACCAACAGGAUAAAUUUAAAAAGAUAUCCAUAUCUAGAAACAUUAUAUUGAAAGCUCAGAAAACCAAAGAAAAAGAGAAAUCUUUUUUUUCAAAAGCCAUGGGAAAAGGACAUUGAACCCUCAAACACAUGACAGACUGACAGCUAUGCUCCAUGUUUCUCAACAGUAGCAAUGGAAAAAAAUAGAAAGUAAAAUAUCUUUAAGGUACUGAAGGAAGUUGGCAAACCUAAAUGGUCUUUGCAUGUAGGAGUCGUCAAAUGAGAGCAUGAACUCAACUUGAUAUCAGUUUAAUUUUAAAUUAUUCCAGAUGACAAGAAAGAAGUAGUGUAAAGACAUUUUAUCUCUUAAAUGUGACUUCUUAUAGUUUUCCUCUUUGCCCAUCCCUUGCAACAAUUCUGGGUCCAAGAGUUUGACCUAUCUCUGUUUCUAGCCUUCUUCCUCUCUAAUGACAUUCACUUCUACUCUAGCUUAGUCACCUAUAACUAUGGCCUCUCUCUGGAGAUGGUAGUCUCUGAAAACUACAUCAAGUCUGAAGUCACCAAUUCAAAUAUACUUCUUUUAAUCUGCAACUUAUUAUCUUUCCUGAAGAGCUUUAAUCACCAUUUAUGCCAAUAAAUCCCAAAUGUGACUCUAUAGCCCAAACGUCUUUCCUCAACUACAUUUAUGUAAUAGAAGCUAAUUUAUAUAACUGUCUAUGUGGAUGCUCAAACUCAUCCGUUUAAAAUUAAAGCUGUUCCCUUCCUCAAAACUAAAUAUACCUUCACCAGCUCCAUAUCUAUUCCUCUUUCUUCUGCUCUUCCUGUGUUUAUCAGUUAAUAGAACCAACAGUCACUCAGUUCCCUAAGCCUGAAGACAAAGUACAUUUACCUUCAUGCCUUUCUACCCCACUCCUUCUAUGUUUAUCACCACAUCCCCUAUUGUUUUAUCAUUCUAACACAACCCCUUCACUGCAUUUCUAGCUGAGGCCAAUGUUUCCUCUUACUUGUAUUAUUGCAACCAUUUGUAAUCAAUCUCUCACCUUAAAUCUUAUUCGUCUCUAAUUUAUUCUCAACUCUGAAACAGGAUAAUCUUUUUAAAAAGUAGAAACAUAAUCAUGUCACUUUUCUGUUUUAAUUAUAAUCCCUUUAAUAACCCUGCAUUUCUACUGGCAUAAAGUCCAAAUGCUUUGACAUAGUUACAAAAUAUUUGCUUAUCUUUCCAAUUUCAACUCUUACCACUUCUCUCCUCUUGCUCUAUGUCUUAGCCAUAUUGAUUUUAUUUUAUUUCCUCCAAAUACAUCUCUUUAUUUGCAUUUGCACAAUCUUGUUUUUAGUUUUCCUGAACAAUUUUACCCCAUACCCAAUUUUUGUUUAAAGUACUCCUAUUAAUUUUUAAGGUAUCAAUUUAGAGUAUACUUUCUCCAGAAAAAUCUGUCUUGUAUUUCCAAAUUCUGGUUAGAUGACCAUCAUCUAUGCCCUUAUAGUAUCAUGAACUUUCUUUAUCAUGACAUUCAUUGUGCUCUAUUUAAAAUACUUGGUCAUUUUUCUGUCUCCCUCUUGCAUGGCAGGAACUAUGUCUGUUUACCAUUCUACCCCUAACACUUAUAACCAUUCCUUGCACAAAGUAUGUUCUCAAUAACUAUCUGCUAAACUAACUAAUUAAUAGAUAUAUAAACCUAUUUAGAAUUGUGCCUCUGUAAAGCCUGGGUCUGCAAAUGAUGAAAUUCAGUUUCACAACUAAACUGAGGUCUAAUUUGUUCACAUUUUAAAAAAUGUUUAACUGGACUUGCUUUUAGAUUAAAAACCAAAAGUGUUUUAUUUUACUCAUUACUUUUGAGCAUUUAUUUUCUACUCCUGCCAGCUAAGUCUCCUACUGAGUAUCCCUAAAUAAAUCGUACCAUUUAUGCAGCUUAAAAUGUCCAACCUUUCCAAAGCAACUAUUUUCAUAUACCAGGUUCAUUUUCAAGUACAUGAUCUCAUUCCUCUUUUCUAAGAGUAGUUGUGGAGAGAGCUAAGACCUCUAAUCCUCAUUUCCAAUUUUCCUAAAAAUCUCUUGCCUACUAAGUUAAUUACGUGUAAGAGUAUUCUUCACUAUCUUUAGUUGUUUAAUAUAUUGUCUUCACAGAGAGAUCAUAACUCGUUUCAGGCAGGGGCUACAACUUAAAUAUGCUUCUUAUAUCUACUACAGCUAUAGCAGAUUGUGGCUGAUGAUGGAAAGGUAAUAGCAUCACAUAUCACAAAAAUGCAACUCGGAAAAUAGGCAUAUAGGAGGAGAAUAUAAUUUAAAUUUAUAGACAAACACACAAGAAAAAUUAAUAUUUUGUCUGAAACGUAUUGGAAUUUAUCUAAAACCUGAAAAUCUGCAGAGUCGCAUGGUGGCGCUGCAGGAUAAGAUGGUGAAAUUUUUGUAACCGCAGAUGCUCUGGUUUCCCUUAACCAUGGGAACUGAAAGCGCUGGAAAACCAGGAGAAAACAGGCUUUCAAAAGGUGGGGUACCAUCAACACCUCCGCGACAGGAUUACGAGUUUCUAGAUUCCCAAAGGUCCAGGCUGAUAGGUGAGAGGAGCAACUUUAAGAGCUGCUAGAGACUGAGUUGAAACGUUUUCGCCAGAAAGACGUUCGGCUAAGGAGCCAUGGAGCCGGGAAAGGGAAGAGCUCAGCGGACAAGGCAAGUGCUGCUUUUCUUUGUUUUCCUGGGAGGGUCUUUGGUGUGUUCUGAGACCUGGAGCUAUUCCAUAGCAGAGGAAGUGGAGGUCGGCACCUUUAUAGCCAACGUGGUGAAAGACAUGGGUUUGAAUGUGGAAGACCUGGCUGCACGGGGGGCCAGAGUCAUCUUUGACGACUAUAAACCUUAUUUGCGAUUGGAUCCACAGAAUGGCGACUUGCUCUUAAAUGAGCAGCUGGACCGGGAGGCACUUUGUGAUCUCAUAGAGCCAUGUAUAUUGCAUUUCCAGGUGUUAUUUGAAAAUCCGUUGCAAUUUUUUCGGGCUGAGCUUUUGGUCAAAGACAUAAAUGAUCACACUCCCACGUUCCUAAACAAUCAUAUACUUCUAAAAAUCUCCGAAGGUACUACUCUAGGAACCUUAUUCCAAAUAGAUAGUGCGCAAGACUUGGAUGUGGGAAAGAAUGGUGUUCAAAACUAUACGAUAAGUCCCAAUCCCCAUUUCCACCUUAAAUUACGAGACAGCGAUGAGGGCAGAAAAUAUCCAGAGUUGGUACUGGACCAAUCCCUGGAUCGAGAAAAGGAGUCUGAGCUUAGUUUAACGCUAACAGCCAUGGAUGGCGGGUCUCCGCCCAGGUCUGGGACUACACUGAUUAACGUUGUGGUCCUGGACAUCAAUGACAAUGCCCCUGAAUUUGAGAAGCCAGUUUAUGAAGUUCAUGUACCUGAGAGCAGCCCUCUGGACUCCUUGAUCAUCAAAGCGUCUGCUACAGAUUUAGAUGCAGGAAUAAAUGGAGAACUGUCUUAUUCAUUUUCCCACGUCUCCAGAGAUGUACGGAAAACAUUUGAAAUCCAUCCAAUUUCUGGCGAAGUCUAUUUAAAAGCACCUCUAGAUUUCGAGAUUAUUCAAUCUUAUAUCAUAAACAUUCAGGCCAUUGACGGUGGGAGCCUUUCUGGAAAAUCAAGCAUUUUAGUUCGGGUUGUAGAUGUGAAUGACAACCCGCCAGAAAUAGCCAUGACAUCUCUUACCAGCCCCAUACCGGAAAACUCUUCACCUGAGAUGGUGGUCGCUGUUUUCAGCAUACGAGACCAAGACGCUGGAGACAAUGGGAGAAUGGUUUGCUCAAUUCAGGACAACCUCCCCUUUGUCUUGAAGCCUACCUUCAAGAAUUUUUACGCUCUGGUAACAGAGCACCCACUGGACAGAGAGAUCAGAAAUGAAUAUAACAUCACCAUCACCGUGACCGACUUGGGGACACCCAGGCUGAAAACCGAGCACAACAUAACCCUGCUGGUCUCCGACGUCAAUGACAACGCCCCCUUCUUCACCCAAACUUCCUACACCCUGUUCGUCCGCGAGAACAACAGCCCCGCCCUGCACAUCGGCAGUGUCAGCGCCACAGACAGAGACUCAGGCACCAACGCCCAGGUCACCUACUCACUGCUGCCGCCCCAGGACCCGCACCUGCCCCUCGCCUCCCUGGUCUCCAUCAACGCGGACAACGGCCACCUAUUCGCCCUCAGGUCGCUGGACUACGAGGCCCUGCAGGCGUUCGAGUUCCGCGUGGGCGCUACAGACCGCGGCUCCCCCGCGCUGAGCAGCGAGGCGCUGGUGCGCGUGCUGGUGCUGGACGCCAACGACAACUCGCCCUUCGUGCUGUACCCGCUGCAGAACGGCUCGGCGCCCUGCACGGAGCUGGUGCCCCGGGCGGCCGAGCCCGGCUACCUGGUGACCAAGGUGGUGGCGGUGGACGGCGACUCGGGCCAGAACGCCUGGCUGUCGUACCAGCUGCUCAAGACCACGGAGCCCGGGCUGUUCGGCGUGUGGGCGCACAAUGGCGAGGUGCGCACCGCCAGGCUGCUGAGCGAGCGCGACGCGGCCAAGCACAGGCUGGUGGUGCUGGUCAAGGACAAUGGCGAGCCUCCGCGCUCGGCCACCGCCACGCUGCAAGUGCUCCUGGUGGACGGCUUCUCUCAGCCCUACCUGCCGCUCCCGGAGGCGGCCCCCGCCCAGGCCCAGGCCGACUCGCUCACCGUCUACCUGGUGGUGGCGUUGGCCUCGGUGUCUUCGCUCUUCCUCUUCUCGGUGUUCCUGUUCGUGGCGGUGCGGCUGUGCAGGAGGAGCAGGGCGGCCUCGGUGGGUCGCUUCUUGGUGCCCGAGGGCCCCCUUCCAGGGCAUCUGGUGGACGUGAGCGGCACCGGGACCCUGUCCCAGAGCUACCAGUACGAGGUGUGUCUGAAGAGAGGCUCAGGAGCAAAUGAGUUCAAGUUCCUGAAGCCGGUAAUUCCCAAUCUCCUGCCCCGGGACAGCGAAAUGGAGAAAGCCCCACCUUUCUGAAUGGCAUGGAAUUCAAUUAGGGAUCUGAUUAUGAUACAGAACUUUUAGAAUGAGUCUAUUUCUUUGAAAUCUUAUUCAUUGUUAUGUAGAUUUUUUCAUUUUGGGUAACUGCAUUUUACUCAAGAGUUUUCAGAAGUUACAAGAAUUUAAGUCUAUUUUUUGUUGUUGUUUUAACCGUGAAAAAAUUGAGAGAGCCGGAAUUUGCUUAGUCUUUGUUUUGAAAUACAACCUCAAAUAAUAUAUUCACAUACACAUUAUUUUCCCUUCAAGUUUAAUUGCACACUGGGCUCAUUCAUAUUUUCUGAGUGUUCUGACUGUGGAUCCUCUAUCCAAAGCAGUUUUUAUAUAAUUGAGAAUAUUAUUAUAGAGGGAAAUGCAUGAUAUGAAUAAAAACAUAAUUGCUUGUUAUCUGGUUAGGUUGGUUUCUGAGAUGUUAUCUAAUUUAGGUUUCUUUCUUAAAAACCUGUAAUCUUUUCAUUCUACUUUUCUGGCAAACAUUGCAGAGAAUUUUCCUGUACUUAGGGUUUUUUUUUUUCAUAAUUAUUUGUGAACCAUAUAUAUGCUAGUAGAAGUUGUUUUAUUUAAAUAAAUUCAAAACCUUGUUUGGAUUAA